AUGCGUUUUGGGACUUGGAACAUUGGCUCUUUGACAGGGAGAUUAGUCGAAGUAGUAGAGGCUAUGAAAAGGAGGAGAAUUAACAUAUUAUGUUUGCAGGAGACUAAGUGGGUUGGAAACAAGGCAAGAGAAAUAGCUCCAUGGGAUUAUAAGAUUUGGUAUUCGGGAAAAACUAGGGGUAGGAAUGGGGUAGGUAUCCUUAUUGACAGAGAUUAUAUUGAUGAUGUAGUGGACGUGUCCCGAAAGAGGGAUCGAAUUAUGAGUAUUAAGCUUGUGUUAGGGGAUGAAGUUGUAACUAUUGUGAGUGCCUAUGCACCACAAGCAGGACUAGAUGCAUCAACUAGACAAGAAUUUUGGGAGGAUUUAGAAGAAGUGGUGCAACGUGUCCCUAUAAGUGAGAAUCUGGUCAUUGGUGGGGGUCUCAACGGACAUGUAGGCUCGAGUCGCGAUGGAUUUGAAAGCAUUCAUGGUGGUUUUGGGUGGGGAGCGAAAUGA